GCAGAUGAAAAGGGACUUCCUCUAUUACGGUUUGCAACUUUGAGGUACAAUGAUGAGGCAGUCAGAAGUCUGCUAUCUCAUGGAGCAUACAUGGGCUUUAGGAGCGACUACGAAACGCUGCCCAUUAAGAACAUCAACCCUGACACCUUAAAAGAACAUUUGGACUCUUGUAUUCAAAUGGAUGAUAAAAACGUUAUCAUGGACUUCUCAAAUAUUUCCCAGCCACCAAAUGAAACGAACUUAAAUUUUCAACAUUCUUAUGAUGACAUGAGUACCAUCUAUUAUAUUAGGAAAUCUAAAAAUCUGCGACAUUUACUUAACCAUCCAAUUGUUUCGACUUUUCUGUUUCACAAGUGGCAAACAUUUUCGAAAUUCUUUUACUUUCAAAUCUUCGGUUACGUUAUGUUUAUAACAUCUUUGAUCACAAUGGAUGCAACGGGUACUGAAAUCUCAAUGGCAUGUGUCGGCAUUAUAUGUUACGUGCUUCUCUUUCGAGACGUUGCACCUCUUUGGCUGGAUAUCUCACUAGGCGGCAUGUCAGGCUUAUACAUUAUUUCAGACGAACCCAAGAUUCAUAUUCAGACAUUCGUAUUGCUAUUAGCAUGUCUCAAGCUAUUUUCAUAUAUGAUAAUGCUGCCCGUAGCAUGGAUGGCGAAACCUUUUGGGAUGCUGUUUGCGGUGAUCAACACUGUAAUCGAAUCGGGAAUUCUAAUUUUGGUGGUGGUUACAUUUGGAGUAUGUUUCCAUAUAGAAUUCGGAAAUUCAACGGAGACAACGAAUGCCACGGAUACUUGAAGCAUGAAUUUUGAUGAAGUCAUGAAGUCAUUU